AGUCACUAUUUGUUGUUUACUCAGGAGGCAGGGAUCAGUUCGGUUUACCUGUAUAAAGCGGCGCCGAUCACAUGUCUAGCUGAGCUCACCGCCUGCCCCUCACCGUUCUGCCGCCCCCGCAGCUGAGCUCUGCUCAACAUCUGCAUCAUCAUCUCACUACUGCAAAUAUGGCACCCCACGAAGGACUCGUCCAUCUCAAAGAAUAUGACAUCAAAGACAGCAAUGUCGAAUUGAUCGGAUCCGACCUCGACCACCGCGUCAAGUACAACUCCGCUGCCACCGAGCCGGCCUGGAACAACGGACAGAUCGGCCAGGAGCCGGGUCUCUACGUCUGGCGAAUUGAGGAUUUCGAGGUCGUCGCCUGGCCCAAGGAACGAACCGGCGAGUUCUACGACGGAGACAGUUACAUCGUGCUGCACUCGUAUAAAGUGGGGGAUAAACUCGGUCAUGACAUCUUCUUCUGGCUGGGCAGCAAGACCACCCAGGAUGAGGCUGGCACGGCUGCCUAUAAGACCGUCGAGCUGGAUGAAUUCCUGCAUGGCACUGCAACGCAGCACCGUGAAAUCCAGCAGGAGCCCUCGGAGGAAUUCCUUGGGCUGUUCCGUCAUAUCGCCAUCCGGUCGGGCGGCGUGCGGUCCGGCUUCACCCACGUCGAGCCUGAGGCACCCAAGGAGGUGUUGACCUUGCUUCGCGUGUUCAAGCACCCCAGUGUGCCCCGAUCGAUCAUCGUGCAUGAGGUCGAACCCACAUGGCAGAGUCUGGACGAGAACGACGUGUUCGUUCUAGACAAAGGCGACAAGAUCUGGGUCUGGCAGGGCAAGAACUGCAGCCCGAUGGAAAAGGCCAAGGCUGCUCAGGUGGUCAACGACAUGACCCUGGCCAAGCAUAUUGAUGUCGAGGUGCUGUCGCAACUCGAGUCGCGGUCCCGGGUGAUUGUGGACCUGCUGGGCGGUAAGGAGGCGGACGCGACCACAUUCCAGGCCCCCCGACCGGGACGCUUUUCCAAGCACACGGAUGAUCGCCGCAAGCUCUUUAGACUGAGUGAUGCGUCUGGCACACUGACUUUUGAUCUGGUCAAGGAUGGUCAGCGGGUCACCCAGUCUGAUUUGGUUGCCAACGAUAUCUUCCUGUACGAUGUGGGCAGCCGGCUGUGGGUCUGGCAAGGCUCGGAAGCCAGUCAACGGGAAAAAGGCUUGUGGCUCAAGGUGGCCCAGCAUUAUGUCCGUCAGCUGCAGAACGAUGUUUCUGAGGCCCAUUUCCUGCCUAUCUCCAAGGUGGUGGAGGGCUACGAGAGCCCUGCUUUUAUGAAAGCUCUAGAGGUAUAGGUAUGUAUCUAAAUAAUAGUAUGCAGCCAGUAUCUGCUACGUGUAUUACUAGUUGCUCUCCACAUGGGCAGGAAGCAUAGAAGCACAGCUUACAUCUGCGGAUGCCUGCAACGCGAAAAGAUAAAUCAAGUUGUGUGUCAAUUCAAAGGACAAAGCAAAAAUAUAUUCGUAUUAGAACC